CAGCAAGCACAGCAGCCGAAGGAACGUAGGAUAAUUCUCAUUUUUUUCACGGGACUGGCAACGAAAUGGCUUUCCUAUGUGCACCGCUGGCCAGAGUAAUGACAUGGCGACCAUUGGUGACCUAUCGAUGAUCUCACCGCCCACGUCUUCCAUUUCGAACGACCAAGAUCCGUUUGGACAGCUGCCCCCGCUACCGCCGCCACUGCGUUCCACCCAAGUGCUCCAGCCGCUGAGCGUGUUUCCAGUGUCCAAUUUGAGCGAAGAUUCCUACGAUUAUGUUUUUGGUGGUCGACGUAAGACUCCGCCCACAACAACGUCAACACAACUCAAGCUGACCUCACCGCCAGUGCGUUUGCGACCCGAAGACGCCUAUCGCGGAGCUAACAUAAACAACGGAAGGUUCUAUCGUCACUCCUUCAGCUACGCCCCCAAAAGGCAGCGCCACUCGAGUCGGGAUGAUCGAGACCGCGAAUCUAGGUUGAGAUGUCAUGGCGAGGACGAGGCCACACUGCGCCAAUUGCUGCUCGAUUUGCAAAAGCAAGUUAGCGUGAUGAGCAUGAAUCUGUCAGCGAAACUCGAUGAGCUGCAGCGGGGAGAUCGACACCUGGAGACGACGGUCGCCCUGUGCGAGAUCCGCACGCAGCUCCAGGAGCUGACCAAAUCCGUGGAGAGCUGCCAGAGCGAAGUGUCCGAGGUGAAGCGCGACAUGGUGGCGAUCAAGCACGAACUGGACACCGUGCAGCAGGUGAAGGAGGAGAUCGAGGAGCUGCGCGAAUAUGUGGAUCGACUGGAGGAGCACACGCACAGACGGAAGCUAAGACUUUUAGAACAAGGUCUCACCUUCUUCCUCACCUACUCGAUCUUCUCGGCGGUGCUGGGCAUGCUGCAGUUCGGCUACAACACCGGCGUCAUCAAUGCGCCCGAGAAGAACAUCGAGAACUUCAUGAAGGACGUCUACAAGGACCGCUACGGCGAGGACAUCAGCGAGGAGUUCAUCCAGCAGCUCUACUCGGUGGCCGUCUCCAUUUUCGCCAUCGGCGGCAUGCUCGGCGGUUUCAGCGGCGGCUGGAUGGCCAACCGCUUUGGCAGAAAAGGCGGCCUACUGUUAAACAAUGUGCUCGGAAUUGCCGGCGCCUGUUUGAUGGGAUUUACCAAAGUUAGUCAUUCCUAUGAAAUGUUAUUCCUUGGCCGAUUUAUAAUUGGUGUUAAUUGCGGCCUCAACACGUCGCUGGUGCCCAUGUACAUCUCGGAAAUAGCGCCACUGAAUCUGCGCGGUGGCUUAGGUACUGUUAAUCAAUUGGCUGUGACUGUAGGUUUACUAUUAUCCCAAGUGCUGGGCAUCGAGCAGAUCCUGGGCACCAACGAGGGCUGGCCCAUCCUCCUGGGCCUGGCCAUCUGCCCGGCGAUCCUGCAACUCAUCCUGCUACCCGUCUGCCCGGAAUCGCCCAGAUAUCUGCUAAUCACCAAGCAGUGGGAGGAGGAGGCGCGAAAAGCCCUGCGACGACUGCGAGCCUCCGGUUCCGUGGAGGAGGACAUCGAGGAGAUGCGGGCCGAGGAGCGGGCCCAGCAGUCCGAGAGCCACAUAUCGACCAUGGAGCUGAUAUGCUCGCCCACCCUGCGCCCUCCCCUCAUCAUCGGCAUCGUGAUGCAGCUGAGCCAGCAGUUCAGCGGCAUCAACGCCGUCUUCUACUACUCCACGUCGCUCUUCAUGAGCUCGGGAUUGACUGAGGAGAGCGCCAAGUUCGCCACGAUAGGCAUCGGCGCCAUAAUGGUUGUUAUGACCCUCGUCUCCAUUCCGCUGAUGGAUCGCACGGGUCGUCGGACCCUGCACCUUUACGGCCUGGGUGGAAUGUUCAUCUUCUCCAUCUUCAUCACCAUUUCGUUCCUGAUCAAGGAAAUGAUCGACUGGAUGUCCUACCUCUCGGUGGUGGCCACCCUUGGCUUCGUCGUCUUCUUUGCGGUGGGACCCGGCUCGAUUCCCUGGAUGAUCACCGCCGAGCUCUUCUCCCAGGGACCUCGGCCCAGUGCCAUGGCCAUCGCGGUGCUGGUCAACUGGAUGGCCAACUUUGUGGUCGGCAUCGGUUUCCCCAGCAUGAAGACUGCCCUCGAGAACUACACGUUCUUGCCGUUCAGCGUGUUCCUGGCCAUCUUCUGGAUAUUCACCUACAAGAAGGUGCCCGAGACGAAGAACAAGACCUUCGAGGAGAUCCUGGCCCUCUUCCGGCACAACAACGGCAGGAGUAUGCUAAACUGCACAAAUAGCUUGGAGCCACAAAGUAUGAAUUCUGGCAUCGAGCAUGCCGCCUUGAUGGUAUCUGAGGAGAAGACCCAACAUGACUCACCUGCAUCCGAGCGAUUUUUAGAAGGCGGCCGAAGUACACACCAGGGCCGGAGCGCUGCCUCUGCGCCCCAUCACCCUCGUCAGCCUCCACCUGUCUGCCCGAGCAGCGGGCCUUGACUGAGGAGCGCCUCGCCUCCUGACUCUGCCAGUGUUCGUUCCACGAGUCGCGCUGAGGAGGUUCAGUCGCAUCAGUUGCAUCAGCGUCAGCAGUUGCACCACCAGCAGCAACAACAACAACAGAACCGCUAUGCCACACACGAAUACGUACACUGUAGCUAUGAGAAGGAAGUCGUAUGUGAUCAGGCCAAUCCCUCGCUAAUACAACAGACAUCGGUAGCAGCACCACCAGUACAGCCACCGCCAUUGCACCACUGCCAGCAGCAACAACAGCAACGCAAGCACAGCCAUAGUCCGCACCACAGUCGCCACACGUCGCCGCACUCCCACUCGCAUCAUCACUCGCACCACUCGAGUCGCCACAGUCGCAGGAGUCGUCGCCAGGGAAGUGGCAGUCUGCCAGGAGCCCAUCAGGGUGGAUCUACAGGUAACCACUCUGGCUCGGUGGUGCGUCCCUGCAAUAGUCGUCGUCAUCGUUCGGUAACCGAUAUACCCACAUCGCAGAAUGUGUGCCACGAUCCCUCUUGCACCGAUCGGGAGGUUCAGGAGAUCCUCGUGAGACCUCGUACCUGCUGCAAUACCACCAAUACGAACAGCUCCUCGCGCACCGAACUGGCCCAGUGUUUCGCCGAAGAUCUGUAUGGUUCUUCGCGAAGACCCAGUAGUUGUUGCACCAGCUCGGAUUACUGCUACCAAACGGAUUCCACCAGUCUCUAUGGCUCUAGGUCUUCGUUGAGUAGGAAUAACUCUAUAAAAUCAGCCUCCGUUUUAGUGCGCAAACAUCAUAGGAGUCAGCGGAGCUUGCUGCCCGAACAUCGCCAUCCCAGUUACACUUCUAUUUCGCUGAGAGGUCUGAAUGCCAGUCGCCCAAAUAGCCAGCUGGGCUCCCUAACCUCAAUUUUCGAUCGGGCCAAGAACAUGGCGCCCGAACAGGGAUCCACACUGGAGCGACAGAGUUCAAAGGGCGCCUUGGGCAGCACAGAGCUGCCGGAAUACGCCUGCUCGCCAUCACCCAUCCGCUGGAGCUUCCUGGCAGAUGGAAGAUCACCCUCGGAAAUGGAAGGAGCUGUGGGAGGAGGUCCUGAGAGAGAGGAGGAGGAUAAGCUGGAUGCCUGGCAAGUGCCCGAACCGGAACCGGAAAAGAAGCCCUGCCGGAAGAUCACCAGCAGCAGCUCCGUUUAUGAUGAGGGUCCCAGCACCUCGGCGGCGGCAGCCCGAAGGCGUCGAGGAAGCAAGGGAAGUCGGGGCAGUAAGGGCAGCACCGGCAGCUAUCACUGCGAGUUCGAGGAUGAGGUUACCACCACCACGGUGAUGUUCCAUCAGGAUGCCGGCGAGGCGUACAACAAUUGCUGCAGCAACAACUACAACUACAUACAGUGCAACAGCUACUUGGAUCAGGACCUGCAGAUCACCAGCGAGGACAUCCAUCAGUAUCUCUCGAAGGGCGAGGCCACCGAUGCGUGUGACAUACUGAACAACUCGAAGAACUAUCCCUUUCAGCCCUCGAAUGCCCUGGAGUUUCAGUACAAGAACAAUUUCCAGCAGGGUCAGAAUGGGAAUCCCAAUAACAAUAACACGAAUACCACAAAUACAGCCUCCAGCGAUGCGGCCGAGUGUUUCCAGAGUUAUAGAGCCAGUUCGAAGGAAACUAACCUCAAUCAGAGUUCCAGCGAACAACUCUCGCCCACGAACAUCAACUUGUCGACGAGUUCGAACAAUAUAAACAUCGUAUUUAGCAGCAGUUUGGAGCGGAAUGCCAAUGAGGUGAAGUUUAUAAACAAUAGAAGUGGCGAUGCAGGUGGUUCGGAGGUGGGUCACCAUGCGGGCUACUUGCCCUACACCUAUCCCAGCUAUGAUUAUACGAACAUGUCGGGUAACUCGCACUUUGAGAAGCCCCUGGGCAUAGAUGAGCUGCCCAAGGAGUUUGGCGGCCUGGAGGCAGCUCCCUCUACUACCAGUGAGCACUCCUCCUCGCUGCCCUCGCCGCAGCCACUGACGCACCACCAGCAGCUGCACCACUUUGAGUCCGAGCACAAUCUGCUUUCGCCCAGCUCGCCGGGUGGCUCUAUAAAUCCCGCCGGGGAUGACUUUGUGCAGAUGCAUCACUACUCAACGCAAUCGCAAUUGCAAUCGCACUCGCAAUCACAGCACCACAGCCACGCCUAUAGCCACACCCAUGCGCACCACCAGCACCACCACCACCAGCACCACCACCCCCAAGCUUACGACCUGGCCGACGAGCAGUUCCGGCUGGGCUCGGCCUUGAAAAGGGUGCGCAAGCGAGCACGCAAAUACACCGACUUCCUGCGCAAGAAGUGAGCUGGGACUCACUGUACCUCCCUUAGAUUCACCCUACUUCGGGCGCAAGUAUCUGGUGGUCUCGAAGCGACGAUCGCAGAGCCUGGACGAAGACUAAGCGACGACGAUGACUGGAGGAGCAAUUACCGAGGAAAGCCGCAGAUCGAAAAGCAUAUUUACAUUUAAUUACAAUUUUUACACUGCCAAAAAAAUUAAGAGAAUUAAAGUUAAUUUUGUGCUAAGCCAAAACUCUGUUUAAAGCGAGGAUCAGAAAAAUAACACACUUGCACUGAAGGAAGGGUGGUUUUGGAAGGGUUGGAAAAAUGCAGGUCCUCAAAUGAGUACUGAAAAGAAUCCAAAAUAAACUUAUUUUGAAAAAUAAUAUUUUCUAGGAUUUUUUCAAGCCUCUUUUUUUAACCCGCACUUAUUUUAACCCCUAGUUAAGCCACCCUCCCUAAGGCACAAAUCACACACACGAAUCACAUCAGCUGCAAACAGAAGAGGAAGACGAAACAACGACUAUUUUAAAUAAAAAAAUUACUUAAGCUAACAGUGCGUAUACAUAAUAAAUACAAGCGAUAGGUGGGACACAAGAGACGAAAGAGAGAGAGAGAGCAUUUGUAUAUUCAACUUAAACAUUAAGCGAAGGUUUUGAAUUUGCAUAUUUAAAUGGACUAAACACUAAAACCCAUAUACAUAGUUAAGAGCCAAGGCAAAUGGAAAUAAUAAUGCACACACCUACUCGAAAGCCUAGACGAUAGACAACCAAUCUAACAUACCAGUUAAAGCUAGCUAUAAGGAUGCUACGAGGAUCGAGGUUCAGAUCGGGAGCAGCGCCACAAGAUUUAGAGUUUCAGCAACCGCAACUGCAAAACGCAACUGCAACUAAAUAAUAAUAUUAACCAUUAAUUAACAAACGAAAAAGACAGCAAGACGACAACAACAGCAACUGUAGUUUGGCACACUAAGGGCAACAAGUUUAAUGUUUAAAGUUAAAAAAGAAAAACAGAAAAUUAAGAUUACACAGAAAAGUGAGAGUUUUGUUAGCAUUUAUUUGAUAUGCGCAUUUUUUCAGGGACUGCUUGCGAUUUUUGUACUGAAGCAAUAAGCCGUUUUGCUCAAGGAUUAAAUACGUUUCCGUUUUUAUUCAAUCCAAUCCAAAAAAACCAAAAACCCUUCAAUCACUUGAUUUCCCCCCCAAAGAUUCGUUUCGAGUGUAUUAUCCCCCAACAACUGUCUUCCAAUUAUACUUUCUAGUCGUAUCUCUCUGUAGCCUCAGUUGCUUUCGAAAAAAUACUCAAAUAACUCAAAACUAAAUGUAAACUAAGCACUCCACAACCUAAUUUAAUGGCCGUUGAAUCAGACGUACCUUGAGAAAAUUGUAAAUAACUGCUGUUGAUUAAUUAAUAACCUAAUUUACGACGAGUAACUAACUGAACGAACUUCAUUUGUAGUCAUUAGCCGAGGCGAAUCAUUAUGAACUAGUGAACCGAAAAUAAUAAAUAUAAAUGCACUG